AUGCCUUCCAACAAGUCCAUCCUCGCAUCUCUCCUCGCGAUCGCCCCUUUGGCAAUCGCCCAAGACCCAGCAUGUGAUUGCUACAUGACAGAGGGCCAAUACUACAAAGACCACAGUUUCUUUGACUUUCGCUCUCUAUCCCAACACGCCGGUGUUCCUCCCCUGAUCGACAGCAUCCAGGGCAACGCCGAAGCUGGUUUCACGUCAGACUUCUUCAACUGGGGAUCCGACUUCUCCAAGACAUGGGGUGCUCAGAAGUGGAACAAUGGCAACAAAGACUUCCCCAUGCAAAACACAUACAACAACCUCUACAUUGAGGAGAACAACGAUCAAUCUCCUGCUAGUGAUACUUGGUUGACCAUGCGAACGGCUCGUCACAAUGGAUUCCAGACUGCAUCCGAGUUUGAGAGCAUGGUUAAGCAUCAGUAUGUUUCUCUGCGCAUGUACGCUCGUACAAAGGGUUCUCCUGGUGCUUGCACAGCCAUGUUCACAUACCUCGCCGGCGAAGACCUUGCGUCUGUACAAGAAGCCGAUAUCGAGGUCCUCACCAAAGAUCCUCCCAAUGUUAUCCACUACACCAACCAGCCCUCCUACACCGAAGCAGGCGGCGAGGUUGAAGGCGCUCACCUCGGCGCUGCCCUCCCUGAGGGUAUUACUUGGUCUACUUGGGCCAAGCACACUCUUGAUUGGACCCCUGAUACUACUAUCUGGAGAGUCAACGACAAGGAGCUCUGGCGCAACUCUUUCCAGGUGCCUCGUGAUCCUGCGACGCUUAGCUUCAAUGCUUGGAGCAAUGGCGAUACCUGGACUGGUACUAUUCCCGAGGGUGGUGCUGCUUACCAGCAGAUCCAGUGGAUUGAGCUUUUGAGUGGACGCACUGAUGGUGCUACUUGCUCGAGUGUUUGCAGUGUUGACCAGGGUGAGCCUGGUAAGGCUGUGCAGGUUUAG